AUGGUAGAACAAAUGUCUGAAAAUCGAGAAAUUUURACUGAUUKCAAAAACAGCAGACAUGGAUGCUGCAGUGAUGGAAAGACAGAAGCAGAGKGAAGAAACAUGAAAGGGUGUGGAGUGGCUUUGUGCAUCGAUCUCAUCCCACGAUACGAGUGUCUCCGAGAGAAGACRAAGGGUAGCUGUAACAAGGGAAAAUAUGGUGAUACAGACUAUGUUACUAACGACAGGAUGACAAAUCUCUGUGCCAAAACAUGCGAUCGAUGCACACACCUGGCCCCAAAUUUGUGYAGUUCCAGUGAAUUYGGAUGCUGUUGGGAUAAAUCUUCAGCUACAGGACCAUUACGACGACCAGGAAUCGAAUGCCCAGCAUGCCGCAAUUCUGCCAUCGCUGGAAGCUACUGCAGAAGACACAGUUACCAGUGCUCUACAGCUCGUGGAGCAAGAAUGAGAAAAUUCCUAGURAAUUAUUGUCCAAAAACCUGCAACAUUUGUGCCUAGGUCUAUAGUSUAUUUUUCGACCAGAAAAGUAAUUGGUCAGUGAACGCCAACUGCACAAAAGUUYAACGCUGUAUGACGUCUACGCUUCAAAUCUAUUUCCACAUUAUUAAGAUUUCUCAGAAACAUGCACAUUCAACAAAGACGAAAGACAUCAUAUAACAUCAUUAUAACCAAAGCACCCAUAUAUCUACAAAGCACCAAAAAGGCAUUCGAAUAAGAAUUGAAAUAAAUGUGUAAAUUCUGAAGUGUGSAUUAAUUUUAUAACACACAUUAUACCUUCAGAAAACAUACCAACAAGCCGCCAAGUUGUCCAAAUAACCGCCCCAAAUCGUCCUAAUCCUACCAAAAACGAGUUUUGCCACCGUUUUAGUUUCUCAAAGCAAAUCAUAUUUUUGGGAGAUUGGGACGAUAAUACGAACACYAGUCAUUAUCAUCGCAGUAAAUAAAACGACAUACGACCCAUAAUGCUUUGAAUAGUAUAGAUUUUAUU